UAAUACUCCUGCCAUGAGCUCUUCCAGAGACGACUUCAAGUACAGCUUCCAGAAGCCGAAGUCAUUUCUUAUCGAGGACAUCUUAGGCAAGGGAGAUUCGUGUGAGUCGGACUCGGAGGCGGCCGAGUCACGGUACUCGGAGCGGCGCCCCCCGACCGAUGACGCCGCCGCCCCGCUGUCGCUCUUCCCGCCGGCGAUGAGCGCCGGAAUGGCCGCCGCCGCCGCCGCCGCGGCGUAUCUGCCGCACUACCUGCACAAACCCGAGUCGACCGGCGCCGCCGGAUUCUUGUUCUCCGGACCGCCCGGCUUUUCAGCAGGUCUGCCGUUCUCCACCUACUUUUCCACGGACGUGGGCCGCGUCUGCCGCCGCCGGAAGGCCCGCACCGUGUUCUCUGACCAGCAACUCAGUGGGCUCGAGCUGCGGUUCAAGUCGCAACGCUACCUGAGCACGCCUGAGCGAGUGGAGCUCGCCUCGGCGCUGAGCCUCACCGAGACACAGGUGAAGACGUGGUUCCAGAACCGGCGGAUGAAGUACAAAAAGCAGCUGAGGCGGUCGGACGACAAGCCACCGUCCCUGGACCAC